CUUUUUCAGAGACUGAAAAAUGGCUAUUGGAGUGCUACCACUGCUGAUAGCUGCAGCUGCAGCUUUUAUGGUUGUUAAACUUCUGAUGUUUAUUUUCGCCAAACCCCCAUCAGCCAACCCGUUUGAAAAACGAUGCACUGCAGAAAUAAGGCCUAAAGUCAUUGAUCAGAAACAGAGAGAUCAAGUUCUUAAGCAAGGGUUCAGCAAAGAUAAAAUACCAGAUGGAUUAGAUGCAAUUGUGAUAGGCAGUGGAUUGGAGGUCUCUCAACAGCUGCUUUAUUAUCCAAAGCUGAAAGAAGUGCUGGUAUUGGAGCAACAUGAUCAGGCUGGAGGUUGCUGUCAUACUUUUAUAGAUAAAGGGUAUGAGUUUGAUGUUGGAAUUCAUUACAUUGGUGAAAUGCAUUACCAGUCUGUGACUAAAACAUUUGUUGAUCACAUCACUAAUAGGCAGCUGGAAUGGGCACCUCUAGAGGAUGAUUUUGAUGAAGUAGUUUUUGCUGAAAAGGAUAAGGAACUUCGUAGAUAUCCUGUUUACUCAGGAAAAGAAAAGUGGGCGGCAAGCCUCAAAAAGCAUUUCCCAGAUGAAGAAGAUAAUAUUGACAAGUAUGUGAUAAAAAAUGCACUUUUAGAAUAUUUUAUUUUAAAAACUUAUUUUUAGUUAUACAACUUCCCC